CUUUCUUACACUCGUACGGCUACACGGCUCGCUCUUCCUCUUGUCUACGAGAGACCAACACUGUGAGAACGCAAUAUGGCUGAUGCAUCUGACGCGCAUACACCCACCGCAGAGGGGGAGGACAUCGAUCUAGAAGGCUACGACGGCUCAGAACUGGAGGAGAUCAAAGCCCGCAUGCGGCUGAUGGAAGAAGAAGCAGCGACACUCCGGUCCCUGCAGGCUGACGCGCCAGUACGCGCCCCUUCUGCACAGGACGGCGCUGGUACUCCCGUUCCUGCGCCGAAGGAGGGGGAACCGAAUGGCGAACACGAGGAGAUACAGGUUGAGGGAGAGGCACAGGAAGAUGUUGACAAGCGGUCGGUGUAUGUUGGGAAUGUGGACUACUCAGCCACACCGACGGAUAUAUCAAACCAUUUUGCGAGCUGUGGACAGAUAAACAGGGUCACGAUCGUCUGCGACAAGUUUAGUGGGCAUCCUAAGGGGUUUUGUUAUAUCGAGUUUGCGGAACCGGAGACGGUGCAGAACGCGUUGUUGCUGAAUGAAAGCAUGCUCUGCGGGCGGAUAAUCAGCGUAGUAGCAAAACGCACCAACAUCCCCGGGUUCAACCGGCGAGGAAGAGGACGCGGAGGGUACAGAGGCGGCCAUCCUCGGGGGGGAUACGGGUACUCUCCCUACUCCCGGGCAAGGGGGCGGGGCAGGGGAGCGUGGAGGGGUUGAGCGGUGAUUGAUGGGGAGAGACGUAAAAAACCCGCUACUGAAGUAACGGGGCUGUAUUGUUCAACCAUGGGAGGCUGGGGAGAGGAAGAUGUUGAUGUUGAUGUUGAUGUUGCUGUUGCUGUUGAUGCCUACUUACUGCC